UAAGGCUGAAAAUAAAUGUGAUUUAAUAUGCACAUGCCGGGAUUUAAGCAUUUCUUCUCCCUCCUUGGUGUAUGAAAAGAAGUGGGAGGACUGGUAAAUCGCCACGCACGGAUAUUCAGAGUGUAUACCUCUAAAUCAGGAGAGAAAUGAUGAUUUGAAACAACCUUCGCUGUAAGGCCAGGGCAGGGAGACUGUGACUCCACGGCCAUGGAAGUUUUGCGUGCUCGUGGAAUGGCCAGACCUGAGCCUUGAGGCCGUGACCCCUCGCUCUGGGGGCCCUGGGGAAUGGCGGGGUAGCUCCCUGCCCCUCUGCACCUCCUUCCCCAGCCCUGCUCGGCCUUUUCCCUGCUGGGCAGCGGGUUCCGGCUCAGCCUGAGGCCGUCACUUCCCGGGGCGGAGCGGGGCGGCUCCGGGUGUCUGCAAACAGAAGUGAACUGACAACUCUGGUACUUUUUUAGUUCCAAACAAGAUGAAGAUCCCCUCUUUGCUGCUGGGAUUCCCUCGCUGUUAUUUCUCCAGAAGAAAUUACUUCAUGAACUUUCGCUUCACUCGCCGGGAAGGUUUCCUGGGCGCUGGGUCUCUUGGGCCAGCGCACCGCUGCCACACAAAAUGGAUUUGUUCAUCAAAUGCUUUGAGGAGAGAGCUGUGCCAGCAAGCAGCCCCUGAGCAGCAAGCAGAGGGACUUUCUGCCCAGGAGCAGAGACUUGUAGACAGACUUUACCAUGGGCUAAUCCAGGGCCACAGAGCCUGUUUAGCCGAAGCCAUUACACUCAUAGAAUCAACUCAGAGUAGGAAGAAGAAAGUAGCCCAGGUGCUCCUUCAGAAGGUAUUAUCCUACCACAGGGAACAAGAAAAGCUAAAUCAAGGAAAGCCACUUGCCUUUAGAGUGGGGUUGUCUGGUCCUCCUGGUGCUGGAAAGUCGACCUUCAUAGAAUGCUUUGGGAAGAUGCUUACGGAAAGAAACCACAAAGUGUCUGUGUUGGCUGUGGACCCUUCCUCUAGUACAAGUGGUGGUUCCCUACUGGGUGAUAAAACACGGAUGACUGAGUUGUCAAGAGACAUGAAUGCAUACAUCAGACCAUCUCCAACCGGUGGGACACUGGGAGGUGUCACAAGGACCACAAAUGAAGCCAUUUUGCUCUGUGAAGGAGGAGGCUACGAUGUUGUUCUCGUGGAAACAGUAGGUGUGGGCCAGUCAGAAUUUGCUGUGGCUGAUAUGGUUGAUAUGUUUAUAUUACUGCUACCACCUGCGGGUGGAGAUGAAUUACAGGGCAUCAAACGGGGCAUCAUUGAGAUGGCAGACCUGGUUGCUAUCAAUAAGGCUGAUGGUGAUUUAGUUGUGCCUGCCCGGAGGAUCCAGGCUGAGUACAUCAGUGCUAUGAAGCUGCUUCGCAAGCGUUCAAAGGUUUGGAGGCCAAAGGUAAUGCGCAUCUCCGCCAAAACCGGGGAGGGCAUCUCGGAGAUGUGGGAUAAAAUGACCGAGUUCCGGGACCUCAUGCUCACAAGCGGCGAGCUGCUUGCCAAACGGCGGAAGCAGCAGAAGGUGUGGAUGUGGAACCUCAUCCAGGAAAACAUGCUGGAGCAUUUCCGGAGUCACCUGGCAGUCAAGGAUAAGAUCCCACUUCUGGAAGAAAAAGUUCUUCGAGGAGUCUUGUCUCCUGGGCUGGCAGCAGACCUGCUGCUGAAGGCAUUCAAAGAUGGUCUCUAAGCAUUGUUUUCUACUCUGUUCUUGAUAAGUGCUUUAUGUAAAGAUGAACAUUAAAUAUGCUUUUUCUA